GUGUUGGCCUAGUCAGAUGACAAGGCCAAAUGGAAUAAGGUAUUGGGGUACCUAGAGGUGCUGAGCAAAGCCUGGAUGGAGGAGCGCCAGGCCAUUUGGAGCCAAGACGUAGCCUUGAGUGCCAUGCGGUCAGGGUUCAGGGAGUUUGCACGCGAGAUAGUCACCCACAUUGGGGGCGAAGUCAAGCAGUUGAGAGACAAUGUGGGGAAGUUCUGUGAGGGCGCCAUUGAAGGUGCCAAAGCGAUAGCCGCUGUAGAGGGCGAGGCUAGACCCCGUGAAGAGCCCGUAAAGCUCAAGUUCCCAGAUGCAUACGGGGGGAAGAAGGAAGAGAACUUUGACAACUGGGAAGCCAGUGUCAAUAGUUAUAUAUAUCUACAGCACAUCUUGUCAGAGGAACAGGUCUUCGUGGCCUUCCAGGCCCUCAAGGAUGAAGCGGCUAGUUUCGCCAGGUCUCUUGCGCAUGCAGCCGGUUGUAAAAACAACCUGGUUGCAUAUUCAAAAGUCACCCCCAUCUCUCAAUUCUUCAAGCUCCUGAAGGAGCGGUUUGCAGACCCAAUGAGGGGCGUUCGCACCUCUGAUAAGCUCCAAACAAUCCACUCACGGCAGUGGAGGAGUGCAAGAGCACUCAAGGGUACCAUGGACGACUUGGUAGCCGUCCCGGACCAUGGGAUCACUGAGACCCGGUUGGUCCAGUUAUUUUAUCGUGCCAUGCCAGAAGCCCUACGUGGGCAUUUCUUUGACAAGUCUCAACAGGCCGGCAUCACCUAUGAUGCGCUGAGUAGAGAAGUCGUCCUGUAUGAGUCAAGGUCCAUGCCUGUUACCACUUUCUGGCAUAAGGACCUGGAUAAGGGAAAAAGGUGGAAAGGCCGUACCAUCUCAGACCAAGUGAGGGCCAAGGAUCACAUGAUCCUUACUUUAGAAGAAGGUGGUACUGAUGAGGUCCCAUACAACCAGAUUGAGUGGGGCCUAGAGGAAGAGGACAGUAGCGUGGGACAGGGGAGGUCUUAUGCUGCUGUCGCGGCUGGAGGGAGGCCGCCAAUUAGAGGAGGAGGCCAGGGCCAAAGGGGCCAGGCCAUGGGAGGCCGAGGACCGGGCGCACAGGGGGUUGGCGGACAAGGGAACCGCCAAGUGGGAGGUAGGGGUCAAGGUCUCCCGCCAAAUCGCCAGGGUAAUCGGUCCCACUGCGACGAGGUGGAAGGCCACCUCAAGGAGGAUGGCACCCAGGCUUGCCACAGGGCAGGCCCUGGGAAGAUUUGGGCUUGGACCAGCACAUAUGGCAAGAGCGCGUGGACCAGGGAGCACCAGGGUCAUCUGAGGCAAGUCUUGGAGAAGCUUAGAGAGGCUAACUUCAAGAUCAACCCGAAGAAGUGCGAGCGGGCCAAGACACAAGUCCUGUACUUGGGCCACGUGUUGGACGGAGAUGGCAUUAAGCCAGAGGACGGGAAGAUAGCGACGAUUAGAGAUUGGUCGACACCCCGCACAUUGACAGAGUUGCGGUCGUUCCUAGGCCUAGCUAAUUACUAUAGAAAGUUCGUGAGGAACUUUUCUACCAUCGCCGCUCCCCUGCGCAGGUUGCUUAAGAAAGAGGCAAUCUGGCAAUGGGACAAAGACUAUACGUCUGCGCUAAAGAGGUUGAAGCGCGCGUUAAUAGAGUACCCUGUCCUCAAAGGAGCAGAUCCGUCCUUGCCAUUUGUCGUCACCUCGGACGCAAUGGCAGCAUGGGUAGGGAGUAUGUGGCAGAAGGCGGGCCAGCAGGCAGCAGCAGCGGCAGUGGUCGGCCAGCGAGGGCGAGUCUCUGAUGAUUUUCGUCAGGAGAAUCAACGGGGAAGUCAGGAAAACAGUGCAGGAGGAAAAAAGGUUGUUGGUGCAGUAAAGAGUGAUAAGGAAACAGCAGUCCUGACAUUUGAAGAUGUGUGGAGCGCGUUGUGGGAGGGGAGACAAGAGGCCAAUGGAGGGCAGACAGAGGUUAUUCCGGACUUCAAUUCUGAUAACAGUGGACCUCAGAAGCCUGAGCAGAAAGAGCUGGACAACACCACUGAGAAGAGGCCACGCCGUAAUGCGGCACUAGCAGAGCCCCCAUCAGCUGCUCAAGGCCAACGAAGAGUUCAUUUCGCACCAGAUGAAGAGGCAGUCAGGGACUACUUGAAUGCGGAAGAUGCACCUGAAGAACGACGGGAAUCUAAGGCUUUACCCAAAGUGGUAGAUCCUGUUAGAGAAGUGACGACCCGGGGGCUGGCAGGUGUCACAGCCAGGACCUUACCCCACUCUACUUCGCUCUCUGAGUCGACGUCGGACAUGAGUAGCACCACUUUCUCAGGGUCGGAUAACAGUUGCGUUCGGAUCGAGCGCGGCAUGGAUGACUGGUUCCGAGGGAAGAAUGGGACAUCACAAAUAGCGCAGCGCUCUGCAAGGAAGACUGCACUCAAGGCACAGGAGGUUUACACCCUGCCAGAUGGGAGCGGAGCCAGUCAGGUUAUGACCAAGUACAUGAUGCCAGCACUAGAUCUUGAAAGGGCGUUAGGCAUGCAGAGGGUCCUCGUGGAAGGUGCGGUGUUUGUGAAAGUAUGUAGCAAAGGCAAGCGGACCUUGAGGGACGUCUGGAUCUCAGAGUCGUUGGACCUCAUCUACUGGGCCAAAAUGAAGAAGUGGUGGCGAGUUCGAAGUAUACCUGUCCAGUCAGUGUCCAAGGUUUCUUGUGGACGCGUACUCAAGUACCCUAAAUCGGCAGAUCCGGAUGUCCUCUUGACGUUGACAAUCUCCUCUGGGAAGACGCUGGACCUUGAGGUAAGGAAUUUCCGUUCAUCUUAGAUACAGUUUUCAAAUCCCUCACCACUCACUCCCCUUCAGCUUCCCUUGGCACCCUCCAAAUUGUACCUCUUCGCCAAACGUA